AUUUAUUUGAUAUCUUUUUCUGUGAACAAAGUGCAGCGUUAUGAAAUCGUGAACGGUGUUGUUGAAGUUGAAGGAGUUACUGAAGCCCCAAUGGAGCAGGAGGAUGACAAAGCAAAAGAAGCUAAAGGUGUGCCUGACUUCUGGCUGAUGGCAAUGAAGACUAAUGAAAUACUGGCAGAGGAGAUCUCAGAGCCUGAUGAAGAGGCUCUUAAAUAUCUCAAGGAUAUCAAGUGGUGUAGGAUUGAUAAUCCCAAGGGUUUCAAGCUUGAGUUUUUCUUUGAUUCCAAUCCUUUUUUCAAAAAUUCUGUAUUGACGAAGACAUACCACAUGAUUGAUGAUGAUGAGCCUAUAUUAGAGAAGGCGAUAGGGACGGAGAUUGAAUGGCAUCCAGGUAAAUGCUUGACACACAAGGUUUUAAAGAAAAAGCCAAAGAAGGGGUCAAAGAAUGUGAAACCUACAAUGAAGACUGAAAAGUGUGAUAGUUUUUUCAACUUCUUUAAGCCUCCAGAGGUUCCUGAGAAUGAUGAUGACAUUGAUGAGGAUCUGGCUGAAGAACUCCAGAAUUUGAUGGAACAAGACUAUGACAUUGGCUCGACAAUUCGGGACAAAAUUAUACCUCAUGCUGUUUCAUGGUUUACUGGGGAGGCUGUCCAAGGAGAUGAACUUGACAUUGAAGAUGAUGAUGAGGAUGACGAUGACGAGGACAAUGAGGACGAUGAUGACGAGGAUGAGGAUGAUGAUGAUGAGGACGACGAGGAGGAAGAGCAGGGCAAGAGUGCGAAGAAGUCUUCAGGGAAGAAGAAGGGUGGUAGAGCACGAGCUGUGGAAGGUCAACACGGUGAACGUCCUCCAGAGUGCAAACAACAGUAAACCAAUGCUGAAUUCAAUCUUUGGAUACAUGGUCAAUAUCAAUUUUGCCAGUGAAUAUAUUUCUGAACUCGGAAGUGAAUAUAUUUCUGAACUCGGAAGUGUCUGGUUCUUUCCCUCUCUCCCUCUUCUCCUCCAUCUUCUUUUACGUGGGAAGGCUUCAUUUCUUUGGUUGUCAUCUUGGAUCUGUGUUUCUAAGAGAACCUUUGGGCUUGUUUUCUCUACCCCCCCACCCCCCCUUCCCUCCCAUUUGUUCUGGUUUUUAUCUGGACUUGUGGGAUAUGAAACUAUCAUUGUGUACAGUGGUUAAGUUUGUGUUCAUUAAUAUCUUUGGCGAGACA